CACCCGAAUCACGUCCGUUGGUCGGGCCAACCUGCGCCAGCGCAUCUCAGUGUGUGUCCGUGGUGACCGCGACAAGAUCACCGUGUACCAUGCGGCUGUCGUGAGCGAAAUUCCAAAUACGAAUUCCCAAGUUUCGAACAUUUUUCCCGCGUAAUUUUUAUUCUUUAUUUUUGCUGCCAACAUGUGGAAGUGUCCUUUAAUUUUAGUGCUUGUGGUCGCAACUUUCUCUCAGGGGGAUGAGGUUCGCGAUGCUCGCGGAGUAUUCACCAAGAACUUCUUCGGCGGUGUAUGGGGAAACCGGCCACCGCUCAUGGAGCUUAACCAGCCCAAGACCACGUGCACAUGCAAAUGUGGUGAGAGGAACGAAGCGUCCCGCAUCGUGGGCGGGUUUGAAGCAGGGAACAACGAGUUCCCGUGGAUGGCGCGGCUGACCUACUUCAAGAGGUUCUACUGCGGCGGCAUGCUCAUCAACGACCGAUACGUGCUUACUGCCGCUCAUUGCGUUAAAGGCUUCAUGUGGUUCAUGAUCAAGGUGACUUUCGGGGAGCACAACCGCUGCAACUCCACCACGCGGCCAGAGACUAGAUUCGCUCUCCGCGCCAUCGCCAACAAGUUCACCCUGAGCAACUUUGACAAUGACAUUGCUUUGCUGAGACUUAAUGAGAGGGUGCCCAUCUCUGACGCCAUCAAGCCAAUCUGUUUGCCCAGCAAUAACCAAGAGCUAUACGUAGGCGUGAAGGCCCUAGCCGCCGGGUGGGGCACUCUUACGGAGGAAGGCAAGCCGUCGUGCACGCUGCAGGAGGUGGAGGUGCCCGUGAUGAGCAACCAGCAGUGCCGCAGCACCAAGUACACCAACAACAUGAUCACCGACAACAUGCUGUGCGCUGGAUACCCUGAUACGGGGAAAAAGGAUUCUUGUCAGGGCGACAGCGGCGGCCCACUUAUCGCGGAGAGAAAGUUCGACACCCGCUACGAACUAAUAGGAGUGGUGUCAUGGGGCAACGGCUGCGCCCGGCCCGGGUACCCAGGGGUCUACACCAGGGUCACCAACUACUUGGACUGGAUCAAGGAGAACACCAAGGAUGCUUGUUACUGCAACGAAUUUUUAUAUGUGCCUAUUGGAUUAGCUAAUAAUGAUAGAUUGCAGAUAUCACAGGGGUCAAUAAGAAGUCCACCGCACAUUGACUAUUUCGCUGAAAGACAGCGGCCUAAUUGUCAAAAUUGCGGAUGCGGCGAAAGGAACGAAGAGCUCAGGAUAGUCGGUGGGCUGGACUCCGAAGUGAAUGCUUUCCCCUGGCUGGCGCGGCUGAUCUACCAUAAGUCGUUCGGGUGCGGCGCUUCUCUCAUUAACGACAAAUACGUGGUGUCUGCUGCACACUGCGUAAUUGGAUUCAUGUGGUUCAUGUUCCGCGUGACUCUGGGUGAGCACAGCCGCUGCGACACUUCAACUAGACCAGAGACGCGCUACGUGGUGAAGGUCAUCGCCCAUGAGUUCUCUCUGAAGACCUUGAUGAACGACAUCUCUUUACUGAGGCUCAACGAACCAGUCACUUAUUCCCAUGCUGUGAGGCCAGUGUGCUUGCCGAAGAGCUCUUUCAAGGACUACGUUGGUACCACAGCCGUGGUGGCUGGUUGGGGCGCCACCGCGGAGACGGGCAAGUGGUCGUGCACCUUAAUGGAGGCGGAACUUCCAGUGUUAAGCAACAACGACUGCAAACACAACACCAACUACAACGAGUCCAAGAUUCAGGACGUCAUGAUGUGUGCUGGUUUCCCUGCCACCGCGCACAAAGACGCUUGUACUGGAGACAGUGGCGGCCCGUUGGUGACUGAAAAUGAAAAUCAUUCUUACGACUUGAUAGGUGUCGUGUCCUGGGGCUAUGGCUGUGCCAGAAAGGGUUACCCUGGAGUCUACACUAGGGUCACCAUGUACCUAGACUGGAUCAGAGAAAACACAUUCGAUGGAUGUUAUUGCAAAUAUUGACACUAAACGGUGUCAAAUAUUGACACCGUUUAUAUGGCUUUGAAGUGUCUUGCCAGUGAUAUUAAUCUUAGCAGUUCAAUCCGAGGGAUUCGAUUUUUU